AUGAACAGUUUUCGCCGACAGAGGCCUGUCAUGUGUCCAUUUGAUUAUCUUGUCUUUGUUCGGAAGAUCAUCAAGAACUUUAUUGGCUACAUCAAGCUGAACGUUUUAGCAUACUCGCCAUCUGUGAAUGGUUUUCCGUUCCUCACUAUUGCUAAAGAUCCAACAAAGCUAGCGAAAUCAAGCUGCAAACGUGAGGCUCUGAAGUUCAAGAGGACCUACGAUGACUACCGCUGCAUACUCGACGAGAGCUACUUCAGGAGCAGAAACCAGAACAUUCUCAGACCGGCUCUACACUGGGACUUUAAUCUUUUCUCACUGGAAAGAUUAACUGCAGGCUUCCCGCUCCUCCACAUGGCAACAUACCUGUUUGAAAAGAGCAAAUUUCUGCAAAAAUUUGAAUUAGAUUUUUUUGAAAUGCAGCGCGCCUUUAAAGCCAUUGAAGACCUAUAUCAUGAGACCAAUCCCUACCACAAUGCCCUUCAUGCGACUGACGUGGCACAGGCCUCAUACUGUCUCUUGAAAGAACUCAGGGGCUCCCUUCUGGAGAACCACCACGCCAAUGUCAGUAUUGCCAUCUUCUCGCGGACCCAAGUCUUUAAGGGAUUCUCACCACGGCGGUGGCGCUCGCUUACUCUCACGAUUAAAACCCUCAUUUUGGCUACAGACAUAACAAGACAGUCGGAACUGCUGCAGAGAUUCGAGUCUUUUAACAAGGCAAAAGAUGUAAAGAAGGAGGUCGAAGAGUACAAGUGGACAUCAGAGGAUGUUCUCCUUGUGCAGCAGAUUGCUAUAAAGUGUGCAGACAUAUCGAAUCCCUGCAGAUCAUGGGAGGUCUGCUCCCUUUGGGCGAGUUUCAUCACGGAGGAGUUCUUCAAACAGGGAGAUCGAGAGAAGAGGCUCAACCUGCCUGUCUUACCGACAAUGGACAGGGAGAAGACGACAAAGGCCAAGGUUCAAAUCGGUAAGUUUCAUCCCCCCCCCUUUGGCUUUUAUGAAUCAUCUCAAUCCACAGCCAGUCGGUAUCGCAACGUUUAA